AUGACAGUCGGUAUUUUCGCGGAGAAUACUAUCAUACCAUCCUGGAAGGCAUGGAAGCGUAUGCAAGUCAGUAUUGCCACACUAUUACAACAAAAUUAUAAGGGAGAAGGAACUGAUGCAUCGCCAUAUGUAACCGAAUGGCUGGACGAUGAUAUUGAAAAUCCAAUGACAUGGAAGGACUCGUAUAAAUGGUUUCUAAUGGUUAUUGUAUCUUUCGCAACGUUAGCAGUUGCGUUUGCAUCAUCUGCUUACACGGGAGGCAUUCAACAAAUAAUCACUCAGUUCAAUACGAGCACUGAAGUAGUCACACUCGGCAUAUCUCUCUUCGUUCUCGGAUUUGCUCUGGGACCUCUUCUUUGGGCGCCAUUAUCUGAACUUUUAGGCAGGCGUCCGCUCUUCAUCGUAACUUAUGGAGCGUUAACUGCAUUCAAUGCUGGCGCUGCCGGAGCACAGAAUAUUCAGACGCUGCUCAUUCUGCGAUUCUUCGCAGGUGCAUUCGGUUCUUCGCCUCUUACAAACGCUGGAGGGACUGUCGCCGAUAUGUUUCCAGCGUCACAGAGAGGCCUUGGAAUGUCCGUGUUCGCAAGCGCAGCUUUUCUCGGUCCUGCCCUUGGACCAAUUGUAUGA